AUGGCUUAUUCUGGUUCUCAAGAACUGAAUGAAACAGCACUUCUGUCUGUCUGGUGUGAGGAACUUGGACGAUUGUUACUUCUACGUCAUCAGAAGACUAGAGAAGGGGACGGAUUAUCAAAACUUCCUCCGGGAAUGCAUCAAUCUUUACAGAAGACCCUUCCUCCGGUUCAGGGAGAUUCAACUAUGACGGCCAUGGGAUGGCAGCAGGCAACCCACACUGGUCAUGGCACCCAGCAGCAGCUAUCGGUGGUCACUACUGUCUGGGGGAUGUCACCCACCACCCAGAGUGGACCAUUAGCUCACAAUACGUACAGUGGUACAGGAACAUCAGUAGCACAAGUACCAUAUUCUCACAGUCAGCAUGGAUACUCUAAACCUUAUCCUCCUCAAGGUAUGCCUCCUAGACAGGCGACACCUACGUACAAUGGUUAUGGACACACACCAGCAGCAGUUGGACCAAACAUGCCUACUGGUGGCCCUGGUUCUGGUGGAGACUACCAGGGGUCAUCUGCAGCUCUUAGUGCUGCUGCUCUUGUAGCAAGAGCAGCUGCUGCUGCCACAGCAACAGCAACAGCCACUGCAAGUGUGGUAGCUUUACAGGAUCAACAACAGCAUGAAACAGCGAUGGGUAGCCAGUACCACAAUCACAUGCAAAGUAUGUCUAGCCAGCAGUAUCAACAAGGAUAUAUGCCAACAGGACCACCACAACGAAUUCCCUCCGGUCAAACCAUGGGAAGUCACAUGAAUAACCAUAUGAGCAAUACAAUGGGAGGUUCAAUGCCAUCAAUGGCUAGUUCCAUGGCCAGUCCUAUGAUCCCUAUGAACAAUCCUAUUAUGAGUACAACUAAUAACAUGAAUCCCCAGAUGGCCAUGAAUGGACCAAUGGGGAUGAAUAAGGGUGGAAUGCAAGGAGUACAAAAUAUGGGAGGACCUGGACAGCCCAUGUAUCCAAUGCCAAUGGGAGCGCAAACCAGGGCUCGGUCAACUCCAUACCCAAACCCAUCUCAGUAUAUAGCUCAGAAACGACAAGUACAGUACAAUUCUGGCAUGGCUCAUCCAUACAGCCCAGGCAUGCAGCAAUAUGGACCUGGCUCUCAACAGCCAUACAACACUGUACAGUUUCCUGGUGGGCAAGGGGUUCAGUACCCAAAACAGCCUUCCCAGUUUCCUCCAUCCAUACAACAGCAACACCUCCCAUCCAGUGGUUAUCCUCCACAACAACAGAUACGACCUUCCAUGAGACCUCAGGCACCUUCAUAUGCACCUCAACAGGAUCACUGUUACCCACAGAAUCACGUGAAUGGAGUCUCUCAACACACUCAGUACGAACAGCAGUAUAAUGGCAACCAGUACAUGGGACCUCAAAAUUUUCAGAGAAGUACGAGUUACCAGCAUUCACCUAUCCCUGGAAACCCAACACCUCCUUUAACCCCAGCAUCUAGUAUGCCUCCAUACAUAUCAGGAAAUCCAGGGGAUGUAAAACCCUCUUAUCCAGACAUAAAGCCACCUAUACCUCAAACAAAAGACGACGAAUUGAGGUUAACAUUUCCUGUCAGGGAUGGAAUCAUCCUGCCCCCCUUCAGGCUGGAACACAACCUAGCUGUGAGUAACCAUUUCUUCCAACUGAAACCAUCAGUCUACCAAACCCUGAUGUGGAGGUCUGACCUGGAGCUGCAGUUAAAGUGUUUUCAUCAUGAAGACAGACAAAUGAACACCAACUGGCCAGCAUCGGUUCAAGUGUCCGUGAAUGCGACUCCAGUACCUAUCGAUAGAGGAGAGAACAAGACUUCACAUAAACCUUUAUACCUCAAAGAAGUAUGUCAGCCAGGUCGCAACACGAUACAGAUUACUGUGACAGCCUGUUGUUGUUCUCACCUGUUUUUGUUACACCUCGUCCAUCGACCUACAGUUCGGUCAGUUCUUCAAGGACUUUUACGAAACAGGCUUCUUCCUGCAGAACAUUGCAUUUCCAAAAUUAAAAGAAACUUUAACAGUAUAGCAGCAACAAAUAAUGCAAUGAACUGUGAAGAUGGUGUAGAGCAGACAGCAAUGAAAGUGUCCCUAAAGUGUCCUAUUACCUUCAAGAGGGUUUCAUUGCCUGCUAGAGGUCAAGACUGUAAACACAUACAGUGUUUCGAUCUGGAAUCCUACCUCCAAAUGAACUGUGAAAAAGGAGCUUGGAGAUGUCCAAUUUGCAAUAAAACAGCUUACCUGGAAGGCCUAGAAGUUGACCAGUAUGUUUGGGCCAUCUUGACGAACCUCAGUAAUUCCGAGGUGGAUGAGGUGACAAUGAGUGCUAAUGCUUGUUGGAAGCCUAUUUCUCCCAAACUAGAGCAUGAACAAGAUUUUCUCCAUAAAGUCUAUCAGAACAAGAUGGUUUUCUUGCUUCCUCCAACUUCAGCUAUAGCCAAUGGCCCCACUCUUCCGAAUGGCAUGACUUAUAGAGGAAUGAAUGGAAGUUAUGACUUUCCUUCUGAUUUUGGAAGUCCACUUGCUCAUCUUAAUGAUAGUGUUGCCUCUUUAGACCCUCUUGCUGCAAUGGAAAAAUCUCUAAACCAGCAUGAACAGCAAAUGUGUCCUCCUAACAUACAUGAUCAGAAUAGCCAACAGAUGACCCAUCUGACAAACUCUUCUGCUCCUGGGACCAGCCAAACUCAACCAUCUUCCAGCCAUCAACAGUACGCCCCACCUACCCCAUCAUCUACACAGAGCCAAAGCAUGAUGCAACACGGGCCUCAUACUCCUCACACACCUCACACUCCAGGUAAUGGAGGACCUCCGAGUAUUCCUCCUCCUUCAACUGUGGGACCUAAUGGGAGUAGUGUUGAAACUAAUGGUAUUAAUAGUAAUAGCAACAGUUCAAAUCCAGCCAGUAGCCAACCUCCAUCAGUGACUAAUGAUAACCCACUUUCUCAUGCUGCUGAUUUAAGUGACCUCAACUUCGACCCUGCUGCUGUCAUUGAUGGUGAAGGUCAAGGUCAAGAAGGGCUAAAUGUAAGUGGAACACAUUAAUUUUGGUAUUGUAUU